GGGACUUGCGACGACAGUUGCUCGCGGGACCUCGUCGCGUUUGGGAGGAUCUUCGUUUGGAUCGGGUGGUGCGUGAAAAUAGUACAACGGAAAAUCGUGCCAAGUUCAAGUUGAAGUGUUGACAGUGUCGAUCGUCGUGCGUUGGAUAGUGGUGGGAUAGGAAUAGACGGAGUUUUUUAGCUGGGACAAGUGAUUGAUGCGAAAAUUUGGAAAUCGGAAGCAAACAUGGGAAGAACUAUGGAUGUGAAAAUAGUGCUAAUUGUGCUGAUUGGAGCGGCUCAAGUGAGCUGGGUUGCAGCCGGUGAUUCGUUUAUAGAAUUGGAUCAGUACUACCGAAUGCCUCGAAUAUAUGCGUACGAUGACUAUGACGAGUGUUUCACCUCUUACGAUUCGCCUGAUCCGGCAUACUGUGUGGCGCGAUCGGUCAUCAAACCGGACAACCGGUCCGAAUUGUGGAGAUUCAUCCAGGAUUUUUCCAACGAUACUUAUCGGCACUACCGACAUGAUCACCUUGAUCGUGGGUUGUGUGUAGAACGAUGUCGAAAACUCGUGGCCUCACUAGACAACGAAACCAUCCAUCAACUUUAUGUGGGAAAAUUUGACAUCAACUUUCCGUACAUAAUCGACUCGAAAGUGUUCGAAGACGUCCAAGUGCACCAAGAUCGAGCGCUGUACGGCCGACUGAUCAACAUCUGUGAGAACUUCAUUCUCCGGAAGGUGUACAACCUGACGGCCUACACCGAGAUCGAGUACUGCACCCGUCCCACGCAGCAGAUCGACGUCGAUAUGUUGGACCUGAGCUUCCUGGUUCUAACGAUGGUUCUCAUCUGUCUGGUGAUCACGUCCACCUGGUUCGAUAGCCGAAUGAACAAAUCCAAGAAAAACGAUCACUACAUGCUGGAAAUUCCGUGCAAAAAAACGAUGAUCUUCACGUCCUUCUCGCUGAAACGUAACUGGUACCGGCUGAUCAGUCGAUCCAAGGAUCAGCUCAACGAAGACCUGCGCUUCUUCCAGACGUUCCGUUUCCUAACGUUUCUGCUGGUGAUCGCGGGUCACUGUUCGGACAUGUUCGCCGUAACUCCCAUCGGGAACACCUUCGAUCGCGAGCGGGAAUACUACAACCCGGAAGCGCUGGCCCUUAUCAACGGAUCGCAGAUCGUACAGACCUUCUUCCAGAUGAGUGGCUUUCUGCUGAGCAUACAUUUCUUCACGACCCGAGCCCGGCUAAGGGAGGUUCGCUGGUCUGUGGUGUUGGCGGUGAUAGUUUAUCGAUUUAUUAGAUUGACCCCGGCUUACGCUUACGUACUGAUGCUGCAUGCCACUUGGCUUCCCAAGCUGCAGGAUGGACCGCUGUGGAUCCGAGGAACGCAAACCGAGAAGUAUUUCUGCCGUAAGAAUUGGUGGACCAAUUUGCUGUACGUGAACAACUACGUCAACGCUAAUGAACCGUGCCUCCAACAAGCAUGGUACCUCGCGUGUGAUUAUCAACUCUUCACCCUGGGGAUGAUACUGGUGGUUGCCGUUACCAAAUACCCAAAACUACGAACGCAUAUCUUUUCGGCAGCCAUGUUCUUAGCCUACCUUAUCCCAGGUCUAAUAGUAUACUUUGCAGCAUUUGACGGUGCCUUUAUCAAUCGGUUACAGGACGAGCGAUUCAUCUACUGGUUCGAUCGGAUGUACCAACUUAUUUACGUUCCGUUCCACACCAAUAUGGGUUGCUACUUGGGGGGAAUCAUCCUGGGGAUGAUCUACUACAAGCAGCGUACCAAUCAUCACACAGGCAACCGGGCUUGGUACCUUCAAACGCUCUGGUACCUGGUAGUCCCCGUCGGGUUUCUCUGCCUGAUGAGCAACUCCAUCUUCUACCAGUACAACUUCGAAAAGCCCGCCAUCUGGAUGGCCGUGUUCUACCCGGUGAUGAAACACAUGUGGAUCUUCCUGGGCGCGAUCAUGCUCUACGGUAUCAUCUACGAGUACAGCAAACCGAUCAAGGCGUUCCUGAACUUUUCCGUUUUUGUCCCGCUGGGGCGGCUGACGUACUGUGCCUACGUUUGCCACGUGUUCAUGCUGAAGAAUGCCUUCUUCGGAAUGCGGGAGAUGGGGUACUUCAGCAAGAUGUCGUUGCUGUCCAAAGUACUCACAGUGCUUGUAUCAUCGUAUCUGAUGGGACUGAUACUGGCGUUGGUACUAGAAUUCCCAGCCACAGCCAUUCAGAAGCAUCUGUUUGCCAAAAAGCUAGAAGACGCAACCGUAGAACCAAAGCCAACGCAGGCCGAAAACAACAAUGUGAUCACGUCGAAUGGAACCGUGCAGGCAUGAAAGGUUUCCAUCGUCGCCGCCGGCGCCCUCAUUCUUCAUCGGGGAGUGAGGCACUUGACUCCACAGACUGUACUUACAUUUUAAGAUAGUAGAAGUUAUUGCAUUAGUUAAUAAAAUUAUUUGUCAAAGUGAA